UUAAGACACCCGGUGACGAGACUGGAAAUUGCGGGGCUUAGCAGUCCUGGCCGGGUCCCCCCGCACCCCGAUACUCGGGGCUCAAAGACAGUCAGGGCAACGUGUCCCAGAGGCCAGCAGCGUUUCUCCACCCUCGGCACCAACCUCGGCGGCAACGCCCCGCGCCCCUCGGUGCUCUCCGGUCGCCAAGCCUGUCGCAAGCCCAAACGGUUCCGGCCCCGCGAGCGCCCGCGCGCUCCAGGGCGGCGCAGACUCCAAGAAGGCCUUUGUGCGGAAGGCCCGAGGCGCAACUCAAAUCUCCCGCGCUUGGACGGCGGUGGGCGUGGCCAGGCGCGUCCAAUGGAAGCACAGACCACGCCCCCUCCGGAGCGCGCGGCUCGCCAGCCAUUUAAAGGGUGCGGAUGCUGGUAGCCGCCCGUGCACCGGAUUCCAGCUGCUGCACUCGCCGCCCACCGUCUCCGCCGCUGCUCGCGCUCGCCAUGCUCUCCGUCCGCGUCCCGCUCGCCACCAUCGCUGACCAGCAGCAGCUGCAGCUGUCGCCGGUGAAGCGACUCAGCCUGGCUGACAAGGAGAAUACGCCCCCGACCCUCAGCGGGACCCGCGUUCUGGCCAGCAAGGCUGCGAGGAGAAUCUUUCAGGACCCCGCCGAGCUGGAAAGUAAAGUACCCACUAACCCCAGCGUUGAGGAAGAGCCGUUACUGAGGGAAAAUCCCCGCCGAUUCGUUGUCUUUCCCAUUGAGUACCAUGAUAUCUGGCAGAUGUACAAGAAAGCCGAGGCCUCCUUCUGGACGGCGGAGGAGGUGGAUCUUUCCAAGGAUAUUCAGCACUGGGAAGCUCUGAAACCUGAUGAGAGACAUUUUAUAUCUCACGUUCUGGCUUUCUUUGCAGCAAGUGAUGGCAUAGUCAAUGAAAACUUGGUGGAGCGAUUUAGCCAAGAAGUUCAAGUCACAGAGGCCCGCUGUUUCUAUGGCUUCCAAAUUGCCAUGGAAAACAUACACUCUGAAAUGUACAGUCUCCUCAUUGACACUUACAUUAAAGAUUCCAAAGAAAGAGAGUAUCUCUUCAAUGCUAUUGAAACAAUGCCUUGUGUGAAGAAGAAGGCAGACUGGGCCUUGCGUUGGAUUGGGGACAAAGAGGCUACAUACGGAGAACGUGUUGUGGCCUUUGCUGCUGUGGAAGGAAUCUUCUUCUCGGGCUCUUUUGCAUCCAUAUUCUGGCUCAAAAAACGAGGACUGAUGCCCGGCCUUACAUUUUCCAAUGAGCUUAUUAGCAGGGAUGAGGGUUUACACUGUGACUUUGCUUGCCUGAUGUUCAAGCACUUGGUCCACAAGCCGUCGGAGCAGAGAGUGAGGGAAAUAAUUACCAACGCGGUCAGGAUCGAGCAGGAGUUCCUCACGGAGGCCUUGCCAGUGAAGCUCAUCGGGAUGAACUGCACCUUAAUGAAGCAGUACAUUGAAUUUGUGGCCGACAGGCUUAUGAUGGAGCUGGGUUUUAACAAGAUUUUCAGAGUAGAAAAUCCAUUUGACUUCAUGGAAAAUAUUUCAUUAGAAGGGAAGACAAACUUCUUUGAGAAGCGGGUAGGCGAGUACCAGAGGAUGGGAGUGAUGUCGAAUUCAACAGAGAACUCUUUUACCUUGGAUGCUGACUUCUAAGUAAACUGACGGCGUGCUCUUGGCUGAUUUCUCUCCC